AUGCAGUGGCUCUUUGGCUCUCACGUCUCUUCAGCCUCUACGCCCAUCGUCGCCGCGUCGUCGUCGUGUCCUUUGUGCUGCAGGGUGUCCGUGUUCGUCCAUUGUCUGAGCGGUUUACUCUCAUCUCGACAAGCAGACUCCGUCGCCGAACAGCCCACACCUGCCAUGGCUUAUUCUCAGCCCUUUCCUCUCGCUCAACAACUACAAAAGCCUCAGCAGCUUACCUUUGGCCCCGAUCUUGCGGUUCGCUUAAUUUGCCCCGAGUGCAAAGAUCCCAACCCCAACAUCGUCGAAGAGUUCAGCAGCGGCGAUCUGGUAUGUGGCACGUGUGGGCUGGUUCUGGGCGACCGGGUUGUCGAUACGAGGAGUGAAUGGCGGACGUUCGCCAAUGACGAAGGCGAUGACCCGUCGCGUGUUGGUGCCGCGUCCGACCCUCUCAUGGACGGUAUCGAGCAGCUCGAUACCGCCAUUUCCUUCCGUGAUGGCGGUUCCGGCAUCGCGCGCGAGCUUCAGCGCGCAGCGUCUCGCUCUACCGCAUCGCGUGCAGAGCGUAACCUCCUCACAGCUUUCCGCGAAAUUGCGACGUGGUGCGACCAAUUCUCCCUCCCAAAGACGAUCUCCGACAUCGCGAAGCAGCUCUACAAGCGCGCGGACGAGGAAAAACUCCUCCGCGGAAAGCCGCUCGACGCGGUCAUUGCAGCAUGUAUUUUCAUCGCGUGCCGGCAGGCACACGUCCCGCGCACGUUCCGCGAAAUUUGCAACCUCACGCGCGUCAGUAAAAAGCUGCUUGGACAAUGCUACAAGGCCCUCGAGCAGGCAUUCAACCUAACCCCCGGCGCGUCGUCGACGGUCAGCCGGCGCUUCGGCAGGGUCGUCGGGGUUAGUGGUCCGGAGGACCUGCUCGUGCGGUACUGCAACCACCUCGACCUGCCACCCAUCGUACAGCCCAUCUGCUCUGACAUCAUCAAGGAGGCACGCGAGCUGGGCAUUGCAGAUGGCCGCUCACCCGUAUCUAUCGCUGGUGGUGCGAUAUACUUCACCUGCCAUCUCCUUGGCAAGGUGAAGAGCAUACGUGACAUCAGUUCGGUGGCGGGUGUCAGCGAGGGCACCAUUAAAUUGGUGUACAGGCUGUACUACGCGGAGAGGGAGAAGCUGGUGAAGGAGGAGUGGCUCAAGGAUGGGAAGGCGAAUUUGGAUAGGCUUCCCAUGGACAACUCGAGCAAGUGA